AAAUUGGACUGGAAUAGGUGGGGUUGGAGAAACCGGAGUUGGGGAACGGAUUUAAAGAGACCCUACCCGGCAGAGUGCCUUGGCCUCUGGAAGAGGAGUGAUCCAGGGUUGAGUAGCCUGGGUCCACCGCAGCUCUGGGGAAAGUGUGUCUCCGGAACUCGCCGCGGCGACUCCGGAGAAAUCCCGGGCUGGGUAAGCAGCACUUAAUAUAAUAAUAGCUUGUCUCUUUAAAAAGCAAAAGGUGGGGGGGAAAGUUUUGUUGGCAUCUGGUUUCUGAUCUCAUUAUGUUGUGGUCGACCAAUCCAGCCCUCGGGGCUGGUCCUGGGGUUUAAAUCUGAUUGGCCGAGAGCACAUUUUGGGAUGGUGCUUAGAGCUCGACGGGGCGGUUUCAAGGAUCCCUUUUUUGGGGGGCUGAGGAGAGGGCGGGGCCGCCAGAGGGGGCCCCCUUGAAACCGACUAAUUGGGAUCGGAGAGGCCGAGGUGAGGGCUGGAGGAGGCACAAAGGAGUCGCUGGGUGGAGAAGGGAGGGGAGAGGAGGAUCGGAGAGUCGAGAGGAGGAGAGGGCAGCGGCGCGCGGUGUUUCGGGCGGCUCAGUCUGACCGUGUCCAGCUAGCGGGCAGGAGCGCCGCGCCCUCUCCCCCACCCGGUCUCCCCACCUCUCCGGCCAGGAGCAAAGUUUGCUAAGAGGCGCGGGAGGCAGCGGCUGCAGCUAGGAGGCGGCGGGGAAGGCGCGCGAUCUCGGGGUUGGGGGCGGGGGCGGGGGGCGCCCAGGAGCCGGGUGGGGGGCGGCGGCCAGCAUGCGGCCCUGCAGCGCCCUGCCCGGCCUGCUGCUGCUGCUGCUGCUGCUGCUACUGCCCGCCGCCGGGCCGGCCCAGUUCCACGGGGAGAAGGGCAUCUCCAUCCCGGACCACGGCUUCUGCCAGCCCAUCUCCAUCCCGCUGUGCACGGACAUCGCCUACAACCAGACCAUCAUGCCCAACCUUCUGGGCCAUACAAACCAGGAGGACGCUGGCCUGGAGGUGCACCAGUUUUAUCCACUGGUGAAGGUGCAGUGCUCGCCUGAACUGCGCUUCUUCCUGUGCUCCAUGUACGCACCGGUGUGCACUGUGCUGGAACAGGCCAUCCCGCCGUGCCGCUCCAUCUGCGAGCGCGCGCGCCAGGGUUGCGAGGCGCUCAUGAACAAGUUUGGUUUCCAAUGGCCCGAGCGCCUGCGCUGCGAGCACUUCCCGCGCCACGGCGCUGAGCAGAUCUGCGUGGGCCAGAACCACUCCGAGGACGGAGCGCCCGCGCUGCUCACCACCGCGCCGCCACAGGGACUGCAGCCAGGCGCUGGCGGCACCCCGGGCGGCCCCGGCGGCGGCGGAGCGCCCCCGCGCUACGCCACGCUGGAACACCCGUUCCACUGCCCGCGUGUCCUCAAAGUGCCAUCCUAUCUUAGCUACAAGUUUCUGGGCGAGCGUGAUUGUGCGGCGCCCUGCGAACCGGCGCGGCCCGACGGCUCCAUGUUCUUCUCACAGGAGGAGACGCGUUUUGCGCGCCUCUGGAUCCUCACUUGGUCUGUGCUGUGCUGUGCCUCUACAUUCUUCACUGUCACCACGUACUUGGUGGACAUGCAGCGCUUCCGCUACCCAGAGCGGCCCAUCAUUUUUCUGUCGGGCUGCUAUACUAUGGUGUCGGUGGCCUAUAUUGCGGGCUUUGUGCUCCAAGAGCGCGUGGUGUGCAAUGAGCGUUUUUCCGAGGACGGUUACCGCACAGUGGUGCAGGGCACCAAGAAGGAGGGCUGCACCAUCCUCUUCAUGAUGCUAUAUUUCUUCAGCAUGGCUAGCUCCAUCUGGUGGGUCAUCUUGUCGCUCACCUGGUUCCUGGCUGCCGGCAUGAAGUGGGGCCACGAGGCCAUCGAGGCCAACUCUCAAUACUUCCACCUGGCUGCCUGGGCCGUGCCGGCCGUCAAGACCAUCACCAUCCUGGCCAUGGGCCAGAUCGACGGCGACCUGCUGAGCGGCGUGUGCUUCGUGGGCCUCAACAGCCUGGACCCGCUGCGGGGCUUCGUGUUGGCGCCACUCUUCGUAUACCUGUUCAUCGGCACGUCCUUCCUCCUGGCUGGUUUCGUGUCGCUCUUCCGCAUCCGCACUAUUAUGAAGCACGACGGCACCAAGACAGAGAAGCUGGAGCGGCUCAUGGUGCGCAUCGGCGUCUUCUCUGUGCUCUACACCGUGCCCGCCACCAUCGUCAUAGCCUGCUACUUCUAUGAGCAGGCCUUCCGCGAGCACUGGGAGCGCUCGUGGGUGAGCCAACACUGCAAGAGCCUGGCCAUCCCCUGCCCGGCGCACUACACCCCGCGCAUGUCGCCCGACUUCACCGUCUACAUGAUCAAAUACCUCAUGACACUCAUCGUGGGCAUCACAUCAGGCUUCUGGAUCUGGUCGGGCAAGACGCUGCACUCGUGGAGAAAGUUUUACACCCGUCUCACCAACAGCCGGCGCGGAGAGACCGCCGUGUGAGGGGCGCCCCUGGACCCACGGACACCACACUUUCCUUCGUCCCAGGGGUCUCCUACAGACUCCUUAUUUUAUUUUUUUAAAUAAAGAACAAUCGAAACCAGUUCUUUUUUAGGUUGCUUUUUAAAGAGAACUCUGCCCAACACCCCCACAAGGUUUGUAAUUAAAACUGUAAAUAGUC